AAAGACCCGAAGAGUCCGACGGUACGCGCUGUUCACUUCUGGAUAGGAACAUUAUGUGACUCCACGAUCUCAGGAACAGCCGCUCUGCGAGCAGCGGAGCUCGACUCGCAGAUUUCGGCCACGAUCCUGACGAGAGAGGCCCAGGGCCGGGAGAGUCCCAGGUUCCUGGCCUAUUUUCGUCAGCAACUCGUCGUGGAGAACGUGCACGAGGAGAUUCCACCCUUCAAGAUGCACAGGAUCUCGGGUCUGGUGAUGCCUAUCCUAACGGAGCUGGAUGGGAUUCGCUGGGAGAACAUCAGCUCAAGGGACGUCGUCCUCGUCGACGCCUGCUCCAGAGGCGUCCUCUUCCUCUGGUUGGGCUCUUCCUCGGACCCUUUGCACAAAAGGCACGCGGCGACCGUCCUGGGAUCCUGGAAGGGGAACAACAACGACCUGCAGAUCGUGGUCGUCGACGAUGGCUACGAGCAAACCCUCCGAGAGGACCAGCGGAAGUUAUUCGACGGUAUCCUGGACCCAAAUCGAAGAUCGGUGGUCCCGGAUGGGCCUCGGAAGAUCUACCCACCUAGUCCCGUCAAACUGUAUAAAUGCAGCGAGCAAACCGGGAAGUACAAGGUGGCCGAAUUGAAGUCAGGGCCCAUCUUCCGGACGGACCUGACUUCCAGUUCCGUCUUCCUGGUCGACCGAGGAGAGGCCGGAGUUUGGGCAUGGGUUGGCCAGCAAGUGGACCUGAAAGAAAGAUUGGAAGCCGUGAGGAACGCCCGGGGGUUUGUCAAGAAAAAGGGGUACAGUGCAAGCGUGCCCGUUGCGAGGGCCGUUGAGGGCCAAGAGCCCGCAGAAAUGAAAUCCUUGAUCAAAGGAUGGGAACCCCUGAAGAAGAGUCCCCUGACUUUGCCCCCAAAAUUCGAACCCGAUUACAUGUGCGAGAAGCCGAGGAUGUCGGCGGAGUGUCAACUCGUCGACGACGGAUCCGGCAACAAAACACUCUGGAAGGUCAACUCGAAGGAUGGCAGCUUGGAAGUCGAGGACAAAGGAGUUUACUAUGCCGAAGAGUGCUACGUCAUGCGGUACAUGUAUGGAAGUGGACGCAGAAGCAGGAGCAUCAUCUACUGCUGGGAAGGUGCACAUUCUUCGGGGCUGGAUAGAGAAGCGGCCUUGGAAAGAGCAUGCCAACUUGCCGAGGAGACCUCCGCGCAAUUGGUGAAAGCAUCACAGGGAAGGGAACCGCCGCACUUGCUGCAAAUCUACGGCGGGAAGAUGAUGAUACUCACCGGGCGACAUCGUGACAGAC